AACACCAUAUCACCCAAUGGGGAAUGGAGUUUGCGAACGAUUCAAUAGAACACUACUUAAAAUGUUAGGUACUUUGGAAACAACUCAAAAAGCAGACUGGAAAACUUACAUCUCAUCUAUAGUGCAUGCUUACAAUUCAACAAGACAGGACUCUACGGGAUUUUCACCUUUCUACUUAAUGUUCGGCAGAGAACCAAAAUUACCAGCAGACGUCAUUUUUGGCUUACCAGAUUCCUCAGAAGGCAAUACAAUGGAUCAGUACAUUGAGAAUCUGAAAACAAACUUAAAGGAAUCUUACAGAGUUGCUGAGCAGUUUAUCAAGAAGUCACAACAGAAACAGAAACAUCAAUAUGACCUAAAAGCCAGAAACGCAGAAAUAAGACCAGGAGAUAAAGUUUUAGUAAAGAGAGUCGCAUUCGAAGGAAAACACAAACUGUCCGAUAAAUGGGAAGAAACACCAUAUGAUGUAGUAGACCAACCUAACCCAUCCAUCCCAGUAUUCAUAGUCAGUAAUGGAGAAAGAACAAGAACAUUACACAGAAAUUUACUGUUACCAUUCCAGAAUAUUGACACCUCAGAGCAAGAAUUGUUGAAGCCAAAACCAGCACCACGCCGAAUCAAAACCAGAGCUUCUAAACAACAGAAACAACAAACGGAGAGUGACAGCAGUGAGUCAGAGGAUGAAUUUGUGACGGAAUCAGUAGUGGUUGUUAAACACAACACCGGUACAGCUGAUACCCAGAAAUCACAAACAGGACAAAGGACAGACAGUUCUACAGUAACUAUGAUAGAAAACCAAGGACAAGGUCACACAUCAAAAGAUACAGGAAGAAUAGAGCUCGAGCACAGUACAAGUCAGGAAGACAGAGUACAAGAGAUUGAAGAUACCACUGAUCAGACAGAAUCAGGAGAAGUUCAUCAUACUGAACCUAAGGAAACACUUCAAGUAGUGACCAAUGGAGAAGAGACAGAACACAGAGAAACUGAAGCGACAGGAGCGACAGGAGCGACAGGAGAUGCAAGUGCACCUGAAAGACCACUGAGACCAUUAAGACCCCGAAAAAAGCCCAGAUGGAUGACCACCGGAGAAUUUACCAUUAACAACCAAGUAACAACCAACAGUCAACAACCUGAAUGGAAGAACAAAAUAGACAUUUUAUUAGCACUGGCAGAUACAGAGAUAUUUGAAGGAAUUGACAAGAAGGAUCUAUCACAAGCCAUGAUUAAUGUUAUAUUAGAUAAGUAGUUUAGUCAGUCAGAAGUCCAUAGUAACUAUUAUUUUAUGCUUGAAUUACAAAAUUAUUUUAUUCUGUUUUUAUGACUUAAUUUAUUCUUUCCUUGUAGAUAUCCGAUUGAAAGUCGAAUGUUGGGGACAACAUUUUUCGCAGCAGGGGAAGAAUGUGACCGCGUGUUUUUAUCAAUAAAAGUAUUACUUAAUAAAAACCCAUUUGAAUUAUUGUUUUUAAUUUUUGUCCAUAAUGUGUUUCCAUACUUAGUGGUUAAGAAAGAGCGUUUGUAUAUAUUUAUUACACUAAGGCUUUUCCAUAGUGUUAUCCCAUUUUGGUCAAGCAUGCUAUUCAUGCAUGGAUGAACCCAGGUAUUUGAUUGGAUACUCUGGUAAGAACUUUACUACUGAAGUAUUUUUAGACACUUUCAAAAAUAUCCUUGAAUUGAGCAGUGUGUUAACUGACUCUAGAAUAAUUUAUUGAUUUCUACAGUUUUGACUAUUCUGAAUUAGACCUUAUGGACAUUGGACAAUAUACUAAACAGCUAUGACUGACUGAGAAGGGAAUACCCGGUAUACAGAUCAGGUUCAUAUACCAUAUAUUUGGUAAGAUGUGUGUCUAGUGAAGUUUGUGUUUAUUGUGAUGUCUAUUUGUGUUGUAAAUAGAAUUUCAUUUGGAUACAAUGAAUGGAGAUGCUUAUAGAGAAAAGUGAAUUAUUUUAUGGUGAUGAAUUUGCAUAUAAUAUAAUGCAUGAAAAGAUAUUUAUGAUCUUUGAAAGUUAUGAGGAAAAUGGAAUUAUUUCCUUGAGCAGAAUAUUCAGUGUUUUAUGCUGUGUUUGUGUAUGUGUGUUUGUCUGUGAAU